UUAAAAAUGUGGUCAAUAAAAUCCUACUGAUUUGGCGAUUUCUCCACAUGAAAUACUAUAGUAACAGACCAAGCAGCAGUCUGAUUAAACAGUUUAUCUUCAAACAAGCUUUUGCCGAUGUUGUACUCCAGUUGACGGUAUUUUACAACUACUUUUGGCAUGCCCAAAAUGUAAAGUUUAAUUGGAUACCCGCGACCGGAUUCAGUGCGCUUUAUGCCAUAUCUGUAUUUUCGAAUGCAUACAUCGCAUUUACCUUUGUGAUCUCCCAUCUUUAUUUAAUGAUAAAUACUGCAACAAAUGAAGUCAUCAUAAAGUUGGAAACAUUCGACCGUGAUAUCAGCUAUUGGAAGCAGAAUCCAAGGAAAAAGAAAAGAAUUUGCUACGAAGUUUCGGAACAGCUAAAGGAAAUCAUUCACCUGCACCAACUUACCACCAAGACUCUGAAGCAAUUCGUUUCCAUUGUGGGUUCACUUUUGACCAUAACCUUUGCAUGGACAUGCCUACUCACAAUUUAUAGUGUAAAAUGGCAAAUUAAUUAAAAAUUGUACAACUAACCAACUGAGGCAUGUUUUUCAGACCUACUUCGCUUACGUUCCCCUGGUUCAGGAUGCUCGCAAAUCGAUUCCCUAUCGGAUAGAAAAUUAUCUCCACUGCUACGCAAUGACACUGUUUCAGCUGAUGCAAUUUUACUACUUGGUGUCAGGAUCCGCUAGGCUUACCGAUCGAGCAGAAAGGACAGCGCUGCUGAUGAAUCGCUUUUUCCUCUGCGAGCUGGAUGAACAGUUGGAGAGGACGCGUCGAAACGUACGGAAUGUAUCGCAUAGAUUACACCCUGAUGUACUCGGCCGUUUCUACAAUCACAUGCACGCUUAUCGUUAUGAUACAAUUUCAACUCACUGAAUAGAGCAAACGAGUGUAUUUUCAAUCAAAUGCAAAAAGUUGUAUACAUAAAACCCAAUAAGGAUUGGUCAGAAAAUUUGUUCUCAUGGGUGCCUUGGGCAAAGCUGUAGGUGGUGUUAAGGAAUUUUUUGUCAUGAAAAUUUUAAUAUUGACAAAAAAAUAUUUUUUCGAAAAGAUUUGAAAAUCAG